AUGCCAUGGCCGCAAAAGAAGGAGUAUAUGUGGCACGACGACUGGAAAAUGCUACCAGAAGAGGAAAUCAACGAAUGGGAUGAUCUUGAACUCAUUGAUACUGUUCAAGGCCCAUUUUCGACAUCCUUCUCUGCAGAAUCAGCGUUUCCCCAACACUUUGUCCAAAUUCAUGAGUCCAGCUCAUUCCAGGCAAUACAAUCGAGCCAGCUUCACAUCAAUUUGAUCAACUAUGACUGCAUUAAAUACAAUCAAGCCACGGAAAACGUCAUCCAUUACACUCCAUCCGACCCAAUCUAUGUGGAUAUGAAGCCCGAGUGCAGUGCAUCUACUCCGACAGAAACGUACAAUCGGUCGACAAAAUCGGACACUCAGCAUGCAUUGUCUGAUAAUGCUAGCCGUCCAAAGGAUACUGAGUGA